CUUCUCAUAAAUAUUACCAAGGUUUUAUCUGGGGGACUCGCAGCAGUAAGUCACAUCGGCUCCUGGGUUUAACCAGCUUUCACCUGUCAGAAAGUCCAAAAUUCAUGUUUUUUUGUUCCUCCUUCCGUUUCCCACUGGUCUUGAUACAGUCGGAUGCGCACCCGGCACUGUUUUUGUUACUCCAACUUUAUGCACCGGCUGUUGCGCCCCGAGCAGGGGGGCUGCUGUCGCCGUUAACCGGUCGCUGUCUCCAGGCUGCAGUCCGGCUCUCCGCCCGUCCAGGACUCUGCAUGUAGGACCCGGAGCUAAGUCCAUCCAGAAGGCAAAAACGGUCCGGCACCAUGAACCAUCGGGCGGUUUAAAUCUGUGUCUUUGACCGGAGACUGCAGUCUGUCAAGUUGGGCCACUCAGGACAUUAACUUGCCGAUCUUAGCGCAGCUGGUGAAGAACUGAAGGAAAAGACUGUUGCGGUUUGACGAGGUGUUACUGUUUGGUUUUCUUUUUUCAGCAAGAAUAAAAUAAUAAAAAGAGGGAGCGCUUUUUAUUUUUAUAAUUACAAUUAUUUUAAACUUUAUUUUUAAAUUGAGCGUCCACGAUGAGCAAACCCGCCGGCUCAACAAGUGGCUGUUUGGAUAUUUUGAAUGUGAAAUCAAGUCGGAUACUGGACAUCCCAUGCAAAGUAUGCGGCGACCGCAGCUCAGGGAAGCACUACGGUGUUUACGCCUGUGACGGCUGCUCGGGAUUCUUCAAGCGGAGCAUCCGCAGGAACAGGACCUAUGUCUGUAAAUCUGGCUCUCAGGGGGGUUGCCCUGUGGACAAAACUCACAGAAACCAAUGCCGAGCGUGCCGCUUGAAAAAGUGUCUGGAAGUGAACAUGAAUAAAGACGCCGUUCAGCACGAGAGGGGGCCCCGGACCUCCACCAUCCGCAAACAGGUCGCCCUAUAUUUCCGAGGCCACAAAGAGGUGAACGGGACAUCGACCCAUUUCCCGGGAUCCUCUCUGCCGGGACCCCCCUUCUUCACCACGGUCACGCAACUGGAGCCACACAACCUGGAGAUGAGCACAGUGGCCACCACACCAGAGAGGCAGGCUAUCGUGGGUCUGGCACAGCCCACCCCAAAGUACCCCCAUGAAGUCAGUGGCACCCCCAUGUACCUCUACGAGGUCGCGACGGAGUCCGUGUGCGAAUCGGCGGCGCGCCUCCUUUUCAUGAGCAUCAAGUGGGCCAAGAGCGUGCCCGCGUUCUCCACGCUCCCUUUAUCUGACCAGCUGAUCCUGCUGGAGGACGCCUGGAGGGAAUUAUUUGUUCUGGGCAUCGCACAGUGGGCCAUUCCCGUGGACUCCAAUACCCUGCUCGCUGUUUCUGGCCUCAACACAGACAACACAGAGUCUCAGCGGAUGAAUAAAAUCAUCUCCGAAAUACAAGCAUUACAGGAGGUGGUCACCCGAUUCAGACAGAUGCGCCUGGAUGCAACCGAGUUCGCCUGUUUGAAGUGCAUAGUGACGUUCAAAGCCGUCCCCACGCAUGGCGGCACUGAGUUAAGAAGUUUCCGCAACGCCAGCGCCAUCGCUGCGUUACAAGACGAAGCGCAGCUCACUCUCAACAGCUACAUACACACCAGGUAUCCAACUCAACCCUGUCGUUUCGGGAAGCUGCUACUGCUCCUGCCGGCCCUGCGCUCCGUCAGCCCCUCCACCAUAGAGGAGGUGUUUUUCAAGAAGACCAUCGGCAACGUGCCCAUCACCAGGCUGCUCUCCGACAUGUACAAAUCAAGCGAUAUAUGAAAAUGUGUGGAGAUAAAGGACAGAGGACCCGCGGUAGCCACAUCCAAGCAGCUUGUAGCUGGGGUUGAAUUUUGCUGAGCACAAACUGUCUUAUCUUGUUGAUUUAAGAAGAUAGCCUAUUUAGGCCUAGGCUCUACUGAAACAAAGACUGUAAAACAGCCGGAUUUCACCAAGUAGCCUGUUAACCUUUGCUCUAGAGUUAAGGAAUAGCCUGUAACUUUCAUAAUAGAAUUGCCUGUAAAAAUAGGCCUACAGAGAACCUGCAGUCUCCGAGGAGGUACCCUACAGCGCUUAAACAUAAAGACUCUGGAGGGCACCUGCGACUGUUUGACAAAGAAAUUUUAUAUCUCCAAGAAGUUUUUCGAGUGUCUGUAAGACCAAUGAGCUUGAUGACCAAUGCCCUUUCAAUCUUUUAAUGCUAUGUUCAAUCCCAAUGGAGGAAACCAAAAAGAUGACGCAUGCGUAAUGGGGGACGUGAGUCGCUGUCCCUCUGACCCGGUGCUGAAACCAAACGCAUGGGACAACGAAGGAGGCGCAGACUGGAGGAACAGAGACUUUUUAAAAAUAUAUAUAUAUAAAUAUAUAUACAUUCCUGCAUUGCCUCCUAAAUGAACUAUAAAAUUUAAUUCAUCUGAAGAUGGUGUCUGUGUUAAAUGGUUUCUGUCCUAUUUGUGUUGGUGUGUCCUACCUGAGGCUCAGCAUUAAAUAUAUCUAGGUCGACUUUGUGAAGUUAGACACUAACACUGGAUAAAAUAAUAUUCAGCACUUGGAACUGUUUGUUGACUGUGGUGUUUUUAUUCUGUUGUAAAUUUUGGAGUUGUAACUACUUGGGGGUUGUAACUCUGAGAAUAAAAGACAUCAAAUUUAAGUGUUUUCGUAUAGCCAAGAUAUAAAACUGCCAGGGGGAAUUUCAGGGCAUGUCUUUAUGUAAUAUAAAAUUAUUAGUCAAAUAUUCAUGUGGGGAGAAAAAUAUAGGCUAUCCUAUAAAAAGCCGUUGCUUACUAUGCAAAUCUUUGUGGAUUUCCGUUCAUUUCAAAUCUAAGCUUGUAUCGCCAGUGUAAAAAAUGAUUUAUAAUAGAAGGCAAUGAUUUAAAAAAAAAAAAAAAAAAGUCCCG